AUUAAUUAUUCUAUAAAGUGGCUUUUUCUGUGGCUAAAUUGUUGAUUAUACUUUGGCUACUGAUAUUUUGCUACGAUUCCCUAUUUGAUUUUUAUUCACAUUACGCGGUGGUGUGAAGAGAAAUAUAUAGUGGUUAGGAAAAUUCGCGAACAAAUUCAAAAACUUAGGGUUUUUGAUUUUGGAUUAUUGCGUUUGAAUUCAAUUUUAUGUGUACACAAACGCACGUUCUGGUGAAGUAGAAGCAACACAUGCGAGAUUCUCUGUGAAUUUUAACUUUUAAGCCUCACUUUCUUCUUCGUUUUGCUUUUUCAUUCAGCAUUCGCUUAUUCAACUACUCUUUUGGUUUUGACUUUUAUCGAAGAAUUCUUCAUCCGUGCACUGGUGAUGGUCAUGAUCUGGAUUUCUAAUGCAUUUCUUCAUCGUUUAUGAUAUUUGUCAAGUUUCAUAGUAUAGGGAGCAAGGAUGGACAUUGUUGCUCUUUUAACUUCUGCUGGAAUUAAUAUCGCUGUGUGUGUGGUGAUCUUUUCACUAUAUUCGAUACUAAGAAAACAGCCCAGCAAUGUUAAUGUGUACUUUGCACGGAGACUAGCAUCUCAGUAUUCUAGACAGGUUGAUUUCUGGCUGGAAAGAUUUGUUCCCUCUCCUGGCUGGAUAUUAAAAGCAUGGGAAACAUCUGAGAAUGAGAUAUUGGCUAUUGGUGGCCUGGAUGCUGUAGUUUUUGUAAGGAUAGUCGUUUUCAGUAUUCGAGUUUUUUCCAUCACUGGUGUCAUCUGCACUGUUCUAGUGCUUCCUGUGAAUUAUUACGGUAAAGACAGACUACAUAAGCAUAUACCUUUGGAGUCACUGGAUGUAUUUACCAUUGAGAAUGUCGAAGAAGGUUCAAAAUGGCUUUGGGCUCAUUGUCUUGCAUUAUACAUCAUAACACUUGCAGCUUGCACUCUCCUUUACUUUGAAUACAAGAGCAUUACUAAGUUGAGGCUACUACAUAUUACUGGAUCUCCUCCAAGUCUAAGUCAUUUUACUAUUCUUGUCCGAUCAAUUCCCUGGUCUAUAAGCGAAUCAUACUGUGAUACAGUGAACAAAUUCUUCUCACAGUACCAUGCAUCAACCUAUCUGUCUCACCAAAUGAUUUAUAAGUGUGGCAAAGUUCAGAAACUGAAGGACGGGGCUGAACAUAUGUGCAAGGUACUUAAAGAUUCAUCGGAAAAUAGUUGUAAGCCAGGUGUUGUGCCAUGUUGCUGUUUGGGAAAUUCCACAGAUUCUUUCAAGAUGGUUUCUAAUGAGAUGGGUAGUAUUCAUGAGAGAACAUGCUACACUGACAUAGAUACAAGGAAAAGGGAAUUCCCAGCUGCUUUUGUGUUCUUUAAAAGUCGGUAUGCUGCUCUUAUGGCUGCACAGACUCUACAAACAUCAAAUCCUAUGUUAUGGGCGACAGACAUGGCUCCUGAACCACACGAUGUUCACUGGUCCAACAUUCGUGUACCAUAUAGGCAAAUUUGGAUCCGUAAGAUGGCUACAUUUUCGGCUACGAUUGCCUUCAUGCUUGUGUUCAUUGUCCCAGUUGGGUUGGUACAAGGCUUGACUCAACUAGAAAAACUUCAGAAAAUGUUCCCUUUUCUGGCAGGGGUACUUAAAAACCAAUAUGUGAGGCGGGUGGUGACUGGUUACCUACCAAGUGUGAUAUUGGUUUUAUUUUUGUGUUUUGUUCCACCAUUGAUGAUGCUAUUUUCAACAGUUGAGGGUCCUAUUUCCCGCAGUGGAAGGAAGAAAAGUGCAUGUUGGAAAGUUUUGUACUUCACAAUCUGGAAUGUGUUUUUUAUUAAUGUUUUAACUGGUUCUCUUAUAAGUCAACUUUCAGUCUUUUCUAGCUUAAAAGAGCUGCCUGCAACACUUGCAAAGGCAGUGCCAGCUCAGGGUACCUUCUUCACGACUUACAUUUUGUCAUCUGGUUGGGCAAGUCUGGGAUUUGAACUUCUGCAAGUUUGUCCUCUUUUAUACAAUCUAUUCCAGAGAUUCCUACUCAGGGUUAAGGAUGAUACACUUAAUGGCAUAACUUUUCCAUACCAUACAGAAGUUCCUAGGCUAUUACUGUUUGGAUUUCUUGGGUUCACCUGUUCUAUUCUGGCACCUCUAAUGCUUCCCUUCUUAUUGAUCUACUUUUUCCUUGCUUAUCUUGUUUACCGAAACCAGAUUAUCAACGUGUACAUUACAAAAUACGAUAGUGGGGGACAAUAUUGGCCUAUUGCACACAACGCAACGGUUUGCUCUUUGCUAUUUGCUCAACUUAUCGCGCUUGGGGUUUUUGGACUAAAACGCUCCACAGUUUCAGCUGGAUUUAUUGCUCCCUUGCUCAUUGUUACCAUUCUUUUUCACCAGUAUUGUAGGAAACGAUUUCUCCCAGUAUUUAGAAGCAAUUCAGCACAGAUUCUUAUUGACUUGGAUAAGAAAGAUGAACAAUGUGGAAGGAUGGAAGAGAUUUAUGAACAAUUGCGUUCGGCCUACAAACAACCCAUGCCGCAUGCCCCAAGCCCAUCCGAAUGCUCCAGCCCGCUAGAGGACAAGGGGAUUGCUGGGACUUCAGAAGAUAUCGAGAAAGGCGUAGUCAUUAAACAGACUAGACCAGGACCUAUCCAUCGCACUCUGAGUCCGGCUUUGGAUAUAUCGGUACUUGGUGGAAAUCAAGUGAGCGAUCCUGCUUGUACAUUGAAUAAGAAUAUUCCUGAUGUGCCCGAUCCAGUGCAUGAACAUCUAAUUAAAGAUGGAUUAUGAUGGUCUCUUGAUUCAUUGUUUUUUUUUUUUUUGAGCAAUCUUGAUUCAUUGUUUAUCAAAUAUUUAAAUUGUAAAUCGUGUAAAUGGUCCCCCCAAAAAAAAAAAAAAAAUCCAAUUAAUGAUAAAUAGACAGAUAACAUAGACGUAAUUAAAAUUUUCACAGAAUAAAAAUUUUGUGCAUUUGCAAGCAAUAUUUGAAAAUUGAAAGCUGGUGGCUAUUGAGGGUGUCA